AUGCCCUUGGCGGCGAUGGCCGACACUCAUGCCAGCUGCAAGUGCAACGGAGAUGAUCUGUGUACUUCAAGAGCGUGCAACGGCUAUGCAUCUGGCCAGAAGUUCUUCAACAUUCCGACGAACGCUGUUGGACCGCCAACUUCCCAGCCUAAGGAUGGGAGAUGCUUUUCUAUCUUCAGUGAUAACACGCAAUUUCUUGUUUUUGAAGGCCUUGGGGGCAAUGAGUUCAAAGCUGAGUGCCUGAAGGCUUGCAAUAGCGGCUCUUCAUGCUCGUAA